AUGGAUGCUUGUCUUCGUCCACGAUUAAAAACAGCCUAUCAUUGCAGACGAAAUCAAGAUUACGAAACAACAUAUAAACGUACAUUCAGUGCGAAAAGACCGGCCCGUAUUGUCGAAGGUGCACCACUAAGUCAACGCUAUUUAAUUGGUUGCCCUUUCAAUCUUGCGGAUCCUGUAGGUGAAUCUAUCUACAUGGUGGACUUUACUGGAAAGAAGAGUAAGGAUCCGAACCUAUCCUUUCAUCAAAGCACGAAUAUACUCGAACCAUGUGAUUCUCAAUUUCUCCAACGGUCAGAAAGUUGCAACAAUAUGACAUCGAAUGAAAUAAAACAAGCGUUAAGAAAUCAAUUAGAUUCAACAUAUCAAGUAGACUAUACCGGAUCGCCUCAAGGAUUCAAGCUUCCUUUGGCUUAUACUCGUUCGCGUCCAUUCUGGCGUAAUCAAGUUCCACAUACACUUGAUAGCGAAUAUCGAAAUCAUUUUCAAAAUCAUCCUCACGUAUCCAUGCAUUUCGGUGGACGAUUCGCCUAUACGAAUCGAGUACCAGCUGAUGCGAUCGUUCCUCAAACAUUACCGACAUGGAAGAAAAAGCCUUUACACUCGAUUUACACAUGUGAAAUCGGUCAAAAGGCACCAUCAGAUCGAUAUAUGAAAGAGUUCGUUGAUUCAUUCGGUGCUCCGACAAACUAA